CGCGCGGCUUGCACGCCGGGACCGCCCGCCCCGGAGGAGGCUCUUGCUGCGCUCGCCGUCAGCCCGGCUGGUCCUCCCGUCCCGGCCCGGCCCGGUACCAGGGCCACCGGCUGUCACCGAGUGGCUCCACAAUGAGUGUUCCUGAUUACAUGCAGUGUGCUGAGGACCACCAGACUCUGCUGGUUGUGGUACAGCCAGUAGGGAUUGUCUCAGAGGAAAAUUUCUUCAGGAUCUACAAAAGAAUUUCAUCUGUGAGCCAGAUAAAUGUGCGAGAUUCGCAACGAGUAUUGUAUAUCCGCUAUAGGCAUCAUUACCCACCUGAGAACAACGAAUGGGGAGAUUUCCAAACCCACCGAAAAGUUGUGGGCCUCAUCACAGUAACAGACUGCUUCUCUGCGAAGGAUUGGCCUCAAACCUUUGAGAAGUUCCAUGUCCAGAAGGAAAUUUAUGGUUCCACACUCUACGAUUCCCGGUUGUUUGUUUUUGGGCUGCAGGGUGAGAUUGCAGAACAGCCUCGGACAGAUGUGGCAUUUUAUCCCAAUUAUGAUGAGUGUGAGUCAGUGGAGAAGAGAAUUGAGGAUUUCAUUGAAUCCCUUUUUAUUGUGCUGGAAUCCAAGCGCCUAGACAGGGCCACUGACAAGUCUGGAGAUAAGAUUCCUCUCCUGUGUGUACCAUUUGAAAAAAAGGACUUUGUAGGAUUGGAUACAGAUAGCAGACACUAUAAGAAGAGGUGUCAAGGGCGGAUGCGGAAACAUGUUGGUGACUUAUGCCUUCAGGCAGGGAUGCUACAAGAUUCCUUGGUUCAUUACCACAUGUCUGUGGAGCUUCUGCGGUCUGUGAAUGACUUUUUAUGGCUUGGAGCUGCCCUUGAAGGCUUGUGCUCUGCAUCUGUUAUCUAUCACUAUCCUGGUGGUACAGGGGGCAAAACUGGAGCUCGACGGCCACAAGGUAGCUCACUUCCUGCUGAUACAGGCAACCGGCACCGACCAGGGGCACAAGAAGUUCUCAUUGAUCCAGGUGCUCUUACCACUAAUGGCAUAAAUGCAGAUACCAGUACAGAAAUAGGACGUGCCAAGAACUGUCUUAGCCCUGAAGACAUCAUUGAUAAAUAUAAAGAAGCAAUUUCUUAUUAUAGCAAGUAUAAGAAUGCUGGUGUAAUUGAGUUGGAAGCUUGUGUCAAAGCAGUGAGAGUCCUUGCAAUUCAGAAGAGGAGCAUGGAAGCAUCAGAAUUUCUCCAGAAUGCUGUUUAUAUCAACCUUCGCCAGCUUUCAGAAGAAGAGAAAAUCCAGCGUUACAGUAUUCUUUCUGAGCUCUAUGAGCUAAUUGGUUUCCAUCGCAAAUCUGCUUUCUUCAAGCGGGUAGCAGCAAUGCAGUGUGUAGCUCCCAGUAUUGCUGAGCCCGGAUGGAGGGCUUGCUACAAACUUCUCUUGGAGACUCUUCCUGGCUAUAGUUUGUCAUUGGAUCCUAAGGACUUCAACAAAGGAACUCACAGAGGAUGGGCAGCCGUGCAGAUGCGCUUGCUUCAUGAAUUAGUGUAUGCUUCCAGAAGAAUGGGGAAUCCUGCACUCUCAGUCAGACAUUUGUCCUUCCUUUUACAGACCAUGUUGGAUUUUUUGUCUGAUCAGGAAAAAAAGGAUGUGACACAGAGCUUAGAAAGCUACACUUCAAAAUGCCCAGGAACAAUGGAGCUUCUUUCUCUCCCAGAUGGACUAAACUUGCCUCCUGUCCCAUUUACGAAACUUCCCAUUGUAAGGCGUGUGAAACUCUUGAACCUCCCAGCCAGCCUUCGGCCCCAGAAAAUGAAAAGCUUACUGGGUCAAAACAUGUCAACCAAGAGCCCCUUCAUUUACUCUCCAAUUAUUGCACAUAACCGUGGAGAAGAGCGAAACAAGAAAAUAGAUUUCCAGUGGGUUCAAGGAGAUGUUUGUGAAGUCCAACUGAUGGUGUAUAAUCCAAUGCCAUUUGAACUUCGUGUGGAGAAUAUGGGUCUCCUCACAAGUGGAGUGGAAUUCGAAUCUCUCCCUGCAGCUCUUUCUCUCCCUGCUGAAUCCGGACUUUAUCCAGUGACACUGGUUGGUGUCCCUCGGAGUACAGGGCACAUUACUAUUAAUGGUUAUCAUACUACUGUUUUUGGAGUAUUUAGCGAUUGUUUGCUGGACAACCUGCCAGGAAUAAAGACCAAUGGCUCCACAGUAGAAGUCAUUCCUGCUUUGCCAAGAUUGCAGAUAAGCACUUCAUUACCCAGGUCAGCCCGCACUUUGCAGCCUGCCUCUGGGGAUGAAAUCUCCACUAAUGUGUCUGUCCAGCUUUAUAAUGGAGAAACCCAGCAACUUGACAUCAAAUUGGAAAACAUUGGCACUGAACCUUUGGAGAAACUAGAAGUCACAUCAAAAAUUCUUACCACCAAAGAAAAGCUGUAUGGUGACUUUUUGAGUUGGAAACUGGAAGAAACACUCGCUCAGUUUCCCUUGCAACCAGGAAAGACAGCAACAUUCACUGUAAAUAUCAAAGUAAAAUUGGAUUUCUCCUGUCAGGAGAAUCUCCUGCAAGAUCUCAAUGAUGAUGGAAUCAGUGUUAGUGGUCUUCCUCUUUCCAGUCCUUUUCGACAGGUUGUCAAGCCUCGAGUUGACAGCAAACCAGUGAAUCCCCCAGAAGGCAGCAAGGCUGGUGAUUUCAGCCAUGUAAAAACACUAGAAGCCAUCCUGAAUUUUAAGUACUCAGGGGGCCCAGGCCAUGUUGAUGGGUAUUACAGGAAUCUCUCCCUGGGGAUUCAUGUGGAAGCUGAGCCAUCCGUUUUUUUCACUCGAGUCAGUACACUGCCUGCAACAAGUACCCGUCAAUGCCAUCUGCUUCUGGAUGUAUUCAACUCCACAGAGCAUGAGCUAACUAUUAGUGCUAAGAACAAUGAAGAGCUUAUUCUACAUGCUGGGGAAUGUCAAAGAAUGGCGAUUCAGGUAGACAAGUUCAACUUUGAGAGUUUCCCAGAGUCACCUGCGGAAAGGAAUCAGUUUACAAACCCCAAACAGCUUGAAGAGGAGAGACAAGAAACCCGGGGUCUGGAGAUCAACAGCAAGUUAGACAUCCACUGGAAUAUCCCAUCUUUGAAGCGACAUGGGGAAGCAAGUGUUGAGGGGAUCCUCAACCAGCUGGUCCUGGAGCAUCUCCAGUUGGCUCCUUUGCAAUGGGAUGUGCUGGUGGAUGGACAGCUGUGUGACUGUGAUGUUGUGGCAGACUGCCGAGUCGGUGACCCCAUCCCACUUGAAGUACGGCUAACCAACUGGAGCAAGCGAAAUGUGGGACCCUUUGCCCUCACAGUGAUUCCCUAUCAAGACUACCAGAAUGGUGUGCACAACUAUGAGCUUCAGGAUGCCAUCACCUUCGUGGGCUCCAACACCUUUUACAUUGACUCGGUUCGGCCAACAGAGAACUCUGUGUGCCUGGGUGCCCUCCUCUUCCUCUACACCGGUGACUUCUACCUAAAUAUCAAGUUCCACGAAGACACCACCAGUAAGGAGCUGCCACUGUCCUGGUUCUGCCUGCCCAGCGUCCACAUCCGAGCCCAAGGGCCCGACCUCCAGGCUUAAAGGCCAAGAUCACAUGGGCUCAGGCAGGCUGGAAACUGCCUGGCCCACAUGCCAUUUGGACCCUACAUUGACAUUUGAACCCCUGUUUCUUCCCAAGGCUAAGUACCCAGCAUCCUUAGAAGGGCAGUAGGAGAAGUCCACCAUUAAGGCAGCUGCACCAGUAACCCGUCAAGCUUCACAUGUUCUUAAAGGGUGUACACACACAUGGGUCCUCUCUCCGCAACACAAAGAUUCUCCAAAAGCCAGGAUGAUGGAGCAGAAGGUGGAUUGCAGUCCCAACCCCAUUUCUCUCCUUGUUCCCUUACCCCUGGCUUUCUCAAUCUUUAUCCAAAGUGACAGGUUAUAUCUGGUUCCUCCUUUCUUCAUUUUCCUACAAAAUAUCUUUAGCCCCUCAGUUAUGCCAGCAACAGGGAAAUGUUAUUGUAGCUCAUAGCCUCAGAAAUCUGUUCAUGGGCUAUGUCCUGCACUGGUGUAGUCAGCAACACAUCACACUGCACCCCUGAGAUAGGAAAACCAGGGUUCGGCCUUUCAAACCCAGGGCUGGUAAAUCACUUGGACCCUGCCUUGGGCCCCAUGAUUAGCUAACUCAAAUACAACUUUAGCCUUAGAGGGCCUUGGUUUUUCCCCCAUUACCCCAAUUGUAGCUGAAUUCUAGGCAAAAACUGCUAUCCCAACUGACAAACAGCCCCAGAGAAAAGGCAGGCUGAGGCAGGGGGUUGGGCAUGGAGGCAUUUCUGAAGGGGCUACAAAAGAAGAGCAGCUUGUUCCCAGAGAAAGGAAUCAAGCUAAACACUCCUUAUUUCUCCCUGGAAAGUUCAGGGCUUCUCUAGAAAACUUCAGACUUCUUCCAGAUUGACAGCUAACCAGCCAUCUUGGGAGUCUCUAUGCCAUCUAAUGGGGAAAGAGAGGUUAUCAUCGUAAGGACAGUUUCCCCUCCACCACAAAGGCCCAUCUCUGGACCUGCCCUCCCUGGGGAAAGCCUAGGUGCAGGGGUGGGGAACCUGUGUCCUCAAGGCCACAGAACAAAUCUGUGAAGUUUGGAUUCAGUCCAAGGGCCCCACUUGAGGACCUAGAGGGCCGCGUGUGGCCUCGAGGCCGCAGGUUCCCCACCCCUGAAACUAUGCCUCCAGUUGCUGGGUGCUCAGGUGAAGCAAGAGCACUCAGGGAUGUGGACAGGGGUCCUAUUGCCCUUAACUAGAUUUUACACCAUUACUACACUUUAUAUAUUUGUGUGAAAAAAAAGAAAAGACCACUUUGUUUGAACCAAGCUGCCUAACACCUAACCCUUUGGAACCAUCUGAACGUAACAUGGCUUUGGCAACCUUAUAUCUACCUGCCUCCUACAGAAUUGGUCUAGUGAAUCUAGCUACUACUUCCAGAGUCCUUGCAAUAUUUAUUUUCUCCAGAUGUUUAUGUUUUCCUUUUACUUUCUGUAAAAAUACAUAGUGGUCUGGGAGGGGGGAAAUGGAAGGGUUUGAUUUACUAUAGUCAGAUUUGUCUUUAAAUAAUUCAGUGUUCCUAAUUGAGGGAAAAAUACAUAAUCUACAUUGACCGCAUGGAAUGGUGAAGAUGUUGUGCUUGCCUUAGCAGGACUCUCAAGGUCCCCAGUUUAAAUAAACAAAAAGUCCUUCUGAGUGUUAUUAAGAGGCAAAGGCAAGGACCUCACGGUACUAGAAAGGGCUUAUUCUCUGGGACUCCACUAUUAGCGGAUGGCAGAGCUCUGAACAAAACCAGGACCCUGUCCCAGCUCCUUCCUCAGCCAAGCCUCAGAGCUAAGGAAAGAUGAGAAUAGUCUCUCAUUUUUGGUAGUUGUCAUAUCCCACCCCCUUUGGCACUUGUCCUGUUCACCUCCCACAUCCUCACCCAGCCACAUUCCUGUCCUGGUACUUAGCUAACUUUGAAACAAGACCGCCUAGUGAAUUUGAGAAAUCUCAAGCCAGCCUUUCCUGUUCCUGUUCUCUAGUCCCUUCUCAGGGCCCACCAAUACAUUUGCUCCCCAGGCACCUUUAUCAGGAGCAGAAGCCGGCUGUUAGUGGAGGUCUCACCUUGAGCACCGGAUCCCACCAGGGCCUGUUUUCAAACAUGACCAUCCAUUCUCCCCAAGCAAAGUGCUACUAUAGGUUUGAGUUAUCUCGAGUCAUUGCCAUUCCAUAAUUUCCUUGGUCUCUCUACAACAGAUGAGAGCAUCUCCAUCUAUUGAUGCUGCCCCCUAGGCUUCUGGCCCUAUUACCCUGCCCAGAGAGAUGUGGCUUUGUUCUCCCUCAAUGGCAGAGAAGAUUUUUGAAUGGUUCUUGAGGGAGAACCAGCGCCUGUGCAUGCAGUAUCGAGGAGCCCUUGGCAGAGUGAGGGCACAGCAGGAAGGUUAAGCUAAAGUUGAGAAUUAUCCUGGGCUCUUGGCCCUCUCUGGAAACAAAAGGUAAUUGUCAGCUUGUUGUAACACUCAGAACACCUGCUCUCAAUAAAUAUGGCUCCCAUCUAAGUUCAAUUGUCCAAAUAAAAGUCUUA